AAUCGAUGUCAAAUACGUGGCCCUGCCGAACGAAAACAAGCUUAUGUUCGCGUUUAUUUACUAAAAAUAUAUAUUUUUAGUGCAAUUAUUACAAUAAAUAAAACACAAUGGAGUGCUUAAGAAGAUACUUAUAUGUGGCGACAGUUUUAGUAACCCUUUUAUUGAGUACAGCCAACUCUUACACUAUUACAGUGGAUGCACAUGAAGAACAGUGCUUUUUUGAAAAUGUUGAAGCCGAUACAAAAAUGGGAUUAACAUUUGAGAUAGCUGAAGGGGGUUUUCUAGACAUUGAUGUGACAAUCACUGGUCCCGAUGGCGCGGAGAUUUACAAGGGUGAACGCGAGUCCUCCGGCAUGUACACAUUCUCUGCGCCCACGUCUGGCCGCUACACAUACUGCUUCAGCAAUAAGAUGUCCACAAUGACACCUAAGGUUGUAAUGUUCAACUUGGAAGUGGGAGAUGCGCCACACAAGCAGACGGGAGAGAAGGAGGAGGCGGUGGACCACAACAAGCUAGAAGACAUGAUCAAGGAGCUCGCCACCACUCUCAAGACCGUCAAACAUGAACAGGAAUACAUGCAGGUUCGUGAUCGCAUCCAUCGCUCUAUCAACGAGAGCACGAACUCCCGCGUGGUCAUGUGGUCCAUCUUCGAGGCGUCAGUGUUGCUAGUGAUGACUGUCGGCCAGGUCUACUACCUCAAGAGGUUCUUCGAGGUGCAACGCGUUGUCUAACCCACCUCGGUGAAGAUUUUUAUAAUGUCGUACUUUAGUCUACUCUUUCGGUCAAACAUUCAUUCUACAUUAUUAUUUGUUUCCUUUAGAAUACCAUCAAAUUAUUAUUUAUUUUAAAUAUAUGUACUUUUUUGUUGUUGAUCGAAUAUUCUCAUGAACUCUCUAAAAGUAUGACAUUAUUAAAAUCAUCUGUUCCUUUUUUAGUUUUAUAUUACAACAGGAAUGCCUUUCUGAAUACCUGCAAUGAUGUUAUUGGACAAACGGAACAACAAAUUGAUAAAUGAUAUUGUUAGAAAUGUAUUCAGAAAUGAUUCCUGUUUCAAGAGUGAAACAUGAUCUCGCUCCCAGUUGCGCUCGUUUCGGUUGCCUAUAUAUUUGAUCAUUACUGUCAAUUUUUUGUUAUAUUCACUGUUUGAUUUGUAACAACUGUUUAAACAUCAAAUUCUUCCAGUGAUGUAAACCAAAUUGAUCAUUAUUUUAAGUGCUAUGAUGACUUAAACAAAGCAUAUAUCUAGUAUUAUUAAUUUUACACAACCUAAUGUAUUCAUAUUGUAAUUAGAACUUUUCACGCUUUUCUUAUAUUAUUUUUCAAUUUGCAAUUUGUCUUAGUUAUGGCUAGUAAUUCGAAUGUUUACCAACAUAUCCAAGCAUUUAUGUAAAAUGCGCGCAAAUAAUAUGAAGUGAGUUUGAGUGUAAUCAUCACAAUGGGAGCGGGAGCGAUCUGACUGCGUGACGUGACGUUGUAAGUAUAUAGUUAUGUUUCCAAGAGUAAAUAAAUUAAUAAAAUUGUUUGUACAA